AUGCAGAACAUGAAGUGUGUCGUCGUCGGCGACGGCGCCGUGGGUAAGACGUGCGUGCUCAUCUCGUACACGACCAACACGUUCCCGGGCGAGUACAUCCCCACGGUCUUCGACAACUACAGCGCCAAUGUGAUGGUGGACAACCGGCCGAUCAACUUGGGGCUCUGGGAUACGGCAGGCCAGGAAGACUACGACCGGCUGCGUCCGCUCAGCUACCCGCAGACGGACGUCUUCCUCAUCUGCUUCUCAGUCGUCAGUCGCGCCUCAUUUGAGAACGUCAAGCUCAAGUGGCUGCCCGAGAUCCGCCACCACGCCCCCGGCGUGCCCUUUAUUCUGGUGGGAACCAAGUCGGAUCUGCGUGACGACGAGGAUACGCUCGAGAAGCUCCGGGAGAAGAAGCUAGCUCCGAUUACGAAGGAAGAUGGUGAGACGCUCAAGACCGAGCUGGGCGCGUACAAAUACAUGGAGUGCUCUGCGCUGACGCAGAAGGGUCUAAAGUCGGUGUUCGAUGAGGCCAUUCGAUGUGUGAUCACCAACCAGCAGAACCCCAAGGGCAACAAGCGGUCUUGGAAGUGCUCCAUCCUGUAG